GUCAAGUGCGGUGAUAGUGACAAUUCUUGCUUCUUAUUUUUUUAACAUGCCUAAAAAAGAAAAGGAUGCACGUAAGGUUGUGAAUGAUAAGAAGACAAAUGGUGAAUUGGAAACAGAGUCGAAGCCUGCGGUCACAGCGCCUCCGCCUACGGCCAUCGGCAAGGGAGCUUUUGGGGGACCCAUCAUCAAGAAAGACAAACGGCAAUCCAGUUCCAGAUUUAAUGUCACGAACAAUCGAGAGCUAGUACAGUUGCCGGAAAUAACUCAGGUGCCCGCGGCCGAGCGCGAGCACAUGUUCAUACAAAAAUUGAGGCAAUGUUGUGUUUUAUUCGACUUUGCGAGUGAACCUCUCAGCGAUCUGAAGUGGAAGGAUGUUAAAAGGGCCGCCCUUCACGAAAUGGUCGCCUACGUCACGCAGGAAAACCAAGUGCUGACGGAAGCCAUAUAUCCAGAAGCCGUUAAUAUGUUUGCUGUGAAUUUGUUCCGAACGUUGCCCCCUUCGUCGAAUCCCAAUGGCGCCGAAUUCGAUCCUGAAGAGGACGAGCCAACCUUAGAAGCAUCCUGGCCUCAUUUGCAACUCGUUUAUGAAUUAUUUCUACGUGUUCUAGAAUCGCCCGAUUUUCAGCCUAAUUUGGCCAAAAAAUAUAUAGAUCACCAAUUCGUUUUACAGUUAUUAGAAUUAUUUGAUUCUGAAGAUCCACGGGAACGGGAUUUGUUAAAGACUGUUUUACAUAGAAUAUAUGGAAAGUUCUUAGGUUUACGAGCUUUUAUUAGAAAUCAAAUCAAUAAUGUAUUUUACAGAUUUAUUUAUGAAACUGAACAUCAUAACGGAAUAGCUGAGUUGUUAGAAAUUUUAGGUAGUAUUAUUAAUGGUUUUGCUUUGCCAUUGAAGGAGGAACACAAACAAUUCUUAUUGAAAGUUUUAUUACCUUUACACAAAGUGAAAAGUCUUUCCGUCUAUCAUCCGCAACUUGCAUAUUGUGUUGUUCAAUUUUUGGAAAAGGAUCCUAGUUUAACUCAACCUGUGAUACGCUCUUUGUUAAAAUUUUGGCCUAAAACGCAUAGCCCCAAGGAAGUAAUGUUUUUAAACGAGUUAGAAGAAAUAUUGGAUGUCGUCGAACCUGCAGAAUUUCAGAAAGUAAUGGUUCCUUUAUUCAGGCAGAUAGCAAAGUGUGUCUCUAGUCCACAUUUUCAGGUUGCUGAAAGGGCUCUAUAUUAUUGGAAUAACGAAUACAUUAUGUCAUUAAUGUCGGACAAUUCCACAACUGUGCUGCCCAUAAUGUUUCCUUCGUUGUAUAGAAAUUCAAAAACGCAUUGGAACAAAACUAUUCACGGGUUGAUCUAUAAUGCCUUGAAAUUAUUUAUGGAGAUGAAUCAAAGAUUAUUUGAUGAGUGCACGCAGAAUUAUAAGCAAGAAAAGCAAAAGGACAAGGAGAGAACUCAACAACGUGAAGAAUUUUGGAGUCGUGUGGAAAGCUUAGCCAAGACCAGUCCACAUUGGGAAAAACUAAUAAAUUCUAUAGAUAAUACAGGCGGUCAAGUCAAUAACAGCCCUGAUAAUUUGCCUGAUGGAGAUCUCACAUACGAAACACUGGAACAAGAAGCGAAAGAAAUUCGUAAUGUUCGCAACAAAGAAAAACCAUUACUAAGGCGCAAAUCAGAAUUGCCGCAGGAUUCGGGAACUGUAAGGGCUUUAAGUGAGCAUCGAAGAGCCGAUGAAUAUCUAACGACUCCACCUCCUGAUAGUAACCAUUGCUAGGAGCGUGUGUCUGUUAUGAUAGCCCUGCACCUGAUUAAUAUUUCAUGAUGC